UGAAUGAACAACAAAUGAACUCGGUUUAACCAAAAUGAACUUUAAACGACUGUUAAAAAGAGUUCAUUUAUUCGCUAUGCCGGCUAUUGUGUUCGGCUGCAGUGCUGAUGGCUCGUUCCACCGUUCCUCCGAGCCUUGGGGUGGGCUGACUCUGUUGGUUGUUAACCACAGAGAUUUUCUGGCACAGCUUUACCAUGACCAGGAAAUGGUUCGAGUCGACGUUUGCGCCUCUAUACGUUUUAACGUCGAUAAUAUCCGAGAAGUGCCUUCCGUCAAUCAGAACGUGGUCGAUUUGGGAUUUUGAAUCACCCCUCGGGUGUCGCCAGGUGUAACUACCCAAAUAACCAAAUCGGCCUUAACCCACUGUAAAGCCACUUCAAACCCACGUCGGUUAGUGGUGGUCGAUUCAGUCGUUAACCCACCAAAUUUUAGAACAAUUGGAGCUGUCAGUUCUAAUAAGAUGUAUUGACCUUGCCCACGCUUGGUCCUCCUUUUCGAAACAUGUUGACGAGAAAAAGAUGGAUCAAGUGCGGGCUAAGGUCAAUAUGCUGAACAUGAUUUUAACACAUCGAUUACUUUAACUCAUUCACUUACAUCACAGCAUAACUUCGGCAAUAUUAUUAAUAUACUAGCUGGCCCGACAAACUUAGUUAUUCAACAAAAAAAAAAAACAAAUAUUCCAUUAUUGCUUUGUUACUUCGGAUUGUUGUAUCGUGCCCGUAUCCCCUCAGGAUCCGAUCAUCGAGUGUAAACCGCCAGGAAACCUAACACCAAGUGUCAAAGUGCUGUAUACAACACAACAACAAUCCUUCUCUUUGUAUGGAAGUUAGAAAAUCUUUUUUAAAUUAAGUUUAGUGUAACAUCUGAACGAUUUUUAAGUCUUAAAACCUAUUCUCAUACCACCAUAAGGUGUGUGCAAAGUUUCGUUGAAAAUGAUCCAGCCGUUUCGGAGUUUGCUCGCGACAAACACCGUGACACGAGAUUUUUAUAUAUAUAGAAGAAGAUAAACUGUGCACUGACCAGCGAAAUGAAAGAGUCCAUUUGCAAGUAAACAAACAUUCACAUCUUACACAAAUAUGUUGUGUAACAUAUGUGUUGUGUAACACAACAAAUGAACAACAAAUGAAGCCACACAAGUUUUAUUGCUUUCUUUCCACAAUUAAACACAUUUUUGGGUGAUACAUGUUGAGCAAAUGAAUUACCCGUGCAUAAAAAACUGACUGUAACAAACAUUGAAGUGACCGAUUCUGUAAAUGUGUGGUUUAACCCACCAAACUGACAGUUUUUUGGCUUUGUUCGAUGCAACUGGAUUUUUAGUACAGGAAAUUGUUAGCGUUUUUGGUAUCUUAGUUAUUUGGGUAAGGCGGUGUGCAUGCUGGAAGACGGUGAAGCUUCCAAUCGUUGGUUUAUAUGCCUCCUUCUGUCCGACCUGAGCGUUUAGGUCUCCAAUGACGAACUUCACGUCAUGUUUUGGGCAGCGGUCAUACUCCUUGUCCAGCUGCGUAUAGAUUGUCUCGUUUUCGUCAUAGGUGCUCCGGAGUGGCGAACUAUGCACAUUUAUAAUGAAUGCACAUUUAUUUGAAGAAUCUGCCACGAAUUCUCAACCUGCACAUCCGUUCGUUGACCGGUCGCCACCUGACCAUUCACUGUUGCAUCGCCCCCAAAACCAUGAACGCAGUUUCGAGCUCGCGCGUCUCUCCACCGCUCUGGUAGAUCGUGCAGUUGCUACGGCAAUUACUACUGGUGCACCGUCACGCCUUUCCAGUAUACCUCCUGAAGUGCUACUAUUUCGAAACCGCGGCUCAGACCUCAUCGAACGCAAUUCGAGUCUUCACAUCCGAUGAGAGGGUUUUGCAGUUCCAUGUCCCGAGCUUCCAACCGUAAGUCCUUUUUUGGUGCGUGGGAAUGAAUGAAUCGAUUGGUCCGAUACGGUGCGUCUUCAUAUUGACUGUUCGUUGCGUUUAUGAUUUUACGAGGGUGGCUUGCAAGGCCUAUAUCCCUAUCCCUUAACCUCCAGUCUCGUCGUAGGGCCUACGCUCGUUGGCUUUUUAGAGUCCUGCAGCGAGCCAAGACGGAAGAAGCCAGCGCACCCCUUCGGGAAGAGACAUACGCUCGGGGGAAGCCGCUCCUGACAUGGAGAACAGACGCUCCCAGCUAGAGUCAUGAAGAUCAAUCAUCUACCCUCCUCUUAAUUUAGCCAUGCAAUCCAUCAGCCCAAGGGGUUAGGUUUCCCCUUAUACCCAAGCUUGGAUAAUUGAGGGACAUUGGACAUCUGUACAUCUGGAUAUCUGGACAUCUGAAUAAUUGAGGGACAUCUGUACGACGGGAACGUAUUGAGUAAGGGUAGGGGGUGGAGAGCCUAUGUUAACCUUCUAGAGCAGCGGUCGGCAAACUUUUGAGGCAAAGAGCCAAACUUAGUAAAUGAUCUAAAGCCGCGGGCCAGGAGGAAGCGGGUUUUCUAUUAUUGUGAUUUAAUUAUUACAUUAAAUAGUUUUAGAAACAAAAUAAUUGGUUAAUGAUAUCAAACAAUACGACUGGUAUUAUUGCUGUUUUCGUAUAAUUGCGUCAUCCAAGAAUGGUUUAAAAUUGAUAAUACCUACUAUAAAAAAAAUUAAUAUACAAAAAUCAAAACCUUCAUUCCGAUAGUCUUAUUGUGGUAUUAAAAUAAUUUUAAUAUUACAUAACGGUUACAUUAAAAAAUAAACAACAAUUGUCGAUUUUGCAUGGGUUUAUCUUGACCCGCACUAACAAAACGUUAAUUGUACUUUGAGUAGUAGUAUCCCAUUAGUUAGCAGACAAAAUUGGACACCUCUAUCAGUCGAACUCUAACCAUGAUGGCCAAAAAUGUGAAUCAAAUGCGUGCGCGAUCAAAGAAUGGCACCCCGUAGCGUCCAAAAUGGACUCCGUGCGGAAGUUUGUGGACGUCGUAUAUAAUAAGUAAUACCCGUUUUGGCAUUUUGGUUGCCAACAUCUUGGCACUAUUAGGCAACAAUCAAAGCAUCGAAAGAAAGCCCUGGUUCAUUUUUUAGGUUUCAAAUGAAGCUGAAAUAAAGACAGAGGGUCAGGUCAAGUGGCUACAUUACUGCGUUAGCUGGACCUGGGAAACAUGAAGAAACAGAUCAGGAAUUAGAAAUCGCAUCCACUGGCUUCGCAGUGGCAAACAAUUACGCAAAAACUCAAUGCAAUCAUUUCAGGUGAAUUUCGACAGAAUUUCGAUAUAACACCAUAGUCCGCAAACUGGUCCAACAUCCGUCACCUGUGUCCCAUCGAUUUUUUUACGCCAACGUGAUGCAAAAACUCUACUCUAACAAUUUUGUAGCGAAAACUUAGGAGGAAUUGAUGAAAAUCGAAGGUAGAACUUAAAUCAUACAUGUCUUCGUCCACCAUGGUGAAAAUUCCUAAUAACUGACGAAAGGCAAUUCGCAAAGUUUUGAACAUAUUUGUGCAAGUGAUCUGAAAUAAUUCCCUUUGAACAGAUGUAAAUGUAAAGAAAUUAUAUUUUCUAGUUUUUUUCUACAGCCAGUCGAAAAUGGCAUAUUUUUUCAUGCAAAAGCUACGGGGAUAUUGACCUCGAGUUCGAACAAUCGUUCUUUUCAACUUUUAAUUAAAGUAUUAUUGUUGGGAAAACUGAGCGCAGCACCGCUACUCAACCCUAUCGCCACGUGCUCGUCCCGUUUUAUCUUGUACAGUGCGUGUCUUGUAAACGCGUCUAUUUUAUUUUAUAUUUAAUAUUUAAUUUAAUAUUUAAUUUGUAAAAUAAAUAAGUAAUAAGUUGCAAACCAUAAAAGUGGCGACGAGUAAAAAGGAAAGACAUUAGUAGUGACAAAAGUGUAAAGUAAUACGUGUGCAAAAUUCCGUCAACGCGUAAACGGCGCCGAAAGGACACGAGUCCGGAAGACAUCGAGAUGGAUGAAGAGCAGCGAAGACUUUCGAGGUUCCGGGACCGGUGUUUCUGCAACCGGUAAAUGGUCAGCCCCUCCUGCCCAACGCUCCUGCCAUGGAUCAGCCCACGGGAGUCCAACCAUCGACAAGCCAGCAAUCGCCAUCGUUCCAGCCAGCGACAAGCCAGCAAGCGCCAUCGUUCCAGCCAGCGACAAGCCAGCAAGCGCAAUCGUUCCCGCAAGCCACAACCCAGCACCCGCCAUCGCUGUCGAAUUCAUGCGCAAACGGUGAGCCCUCAAUGAUCCAAUUAAUGCAACUUUUGCAACAUCAAAUGCAACAGCAACAGCAAAUGCAGCAAAUGCAGCAACAGUUGAUGACAAAAUUAAUGCAGCAGCAGCAGCCGGUAUCACAACCGGUAACAGCAUCACACACACAGCAGCAGCUCCAGCCGGGUCCACCCAACCCGGAGCAAAUCCUUGAUGCAUUGGCCAGUAACAUCACCGAGUUCCGCUUCGAGGCGAAGCCGGAAUCACGUUCGAGGCCUGGUACUCACGGUACGAGGAUUUAUUCAUCAAUGAUGCUGCACGGAUUGACGAUUCCGCAAAGGUGAAGCUGCUCAUGCGUAAGCUGGGUGCAAUCGAGCACGAAAGGUACGUUAAUUUUACCCCGUUAUCCUCGUGAUUUUACGCUAGAAGCCACAAUCGAGAAGCUAAAAUCAAUUUUUGGCAAGGCUGAAUCGCUACUAAGUAAGCGUUAUAAGUGCAUGCAGCUCAAUAAAUCCCGUUCCGAAGAUUUUCUGGUGUACGCGGGUCGUGUCAACUCGACAAUGCAAUGAUUGUGGGCGAAAAGGGAGAGCAAGUGUAUGCAAUACAAAAUGGCGAUCGGCAGAACAAGCCGAAUUUUCGCGCAAAGGAAUCACGCCCGCGCUGGGGAAAUCACGAUGGCCGAUCAGGAAACGAUAAGCCGUCCAAUCCUUGUUGGCUGUGCGGUGAACUGCAUUGUUUAAAAGAUUGUCCGCAAGCUACACAAAAGUGUCGAGUAUGCAACAAGGCUGGUCAUCGGGAAAAUCGCUGUCGCAAUCGAAAAGGUAUUCGCCGGGGAAGAAAUCAAUUUUUUUCUACUAAUACCGUUAGGAUGUGCAGCGUACAAACAAACCGCAAAUUCGUCAAUGUAUCCAUCAAUGGAACGGUCAUACUCCUGCAGUUGGAUACAGCGUCUGACAUAACCGUCAUAGACGAAACAGCAUGGAGGAAAUUAGGGCAACCAUCAUUGGUGAAGCCUUCAGUAAAUGCGAAAACUGCCUCUAACGAAGAACUGAAGCUUUUGGGGGAAUUUUCAUCAACAGUUUCAAUAAAUAAUGUCACAAAACCAGCGAUCAUUCGCGUGGCGCCGGGUGAGCUUCUUUUAUUAGGAGCAGAUCUAGUGGAUCUUUUCGAGCUUGCAUCAGUUCCUAUGAAUACGUUUUGUGCUACAAUUUCUACUCACACGCAUAUCCCUCAGAAUCUGCAGAAAAGUUUUUCGGAAGUUUUUAAUGGCACGGGGCUCUGCACGAAAGCGCAAAUCAGAUUGCAGCUGAAAGAAAAUAGUCGACCCGUUUUCCGUCCAAAACGGCCAGUUGCAUAUGCAAUGCAGGCAGUAGUCGACGGUGAGCUCGAACGGCUAGAAAAAGCUAAAAUAAUAACGCCGGUUGAUUACUCCGACUGGGCCGCUCCAAUCGUCGUCGUUCGUAAGAGCAAUGGUAACGUUCGAAUAUGUGGUGAUUAUUCGACCGGGCUAAACGAUGCGUUGCAGCCUCACGAGUAUCCCCUACCAUUGCCAGACGAUAUUUUUGCGAAAUUAGCCCACUGCCAAUAUUUCAGCAAAAUAGAUUUGUCGGACGCUUUUUCGCAAGUCGAGAUCGAGGAGUGUUACAGACCUCUCUUGACGAUAAACACGCAUCGGGGACUUUACCAUUAUAACCGUUUGCCUCCCGGCAUAAAAAUCGCGCCCGCGGGUUUCAACAAAUCAUCGACACGAUGCUCGCCGGUCUGCACGAUACGUCAGGUUACAUGGACGACGUAGUCGUUGGGGGCAAAACCGAAAUAGAGCACGAUACAAAUUUGGCCAAUCUGCUUCAACGCAUAAGGGAGUUUUGAUUCACUAUCCGUGCCGAGAAAUGUGCAUUUAAGAUGCAGAAAAUCGAAUACCUCGGCCAUAUAAUCGAUCGUAAUGGAUGCAGACCCAACCCGACAAAGAUAAAUGCGAUUAAUAAUUUACCAGCACCAACAAACAUACAGGAGGUUCGCUCAUUUUUGGGUGCUAUAAAUUAUUAUGGCAAAUUUGUUCCCAGGAUGCGGGAUUUGAGGUACCCCCUGGACGAGUUACUAAAGGACGGUAACCAGUUCCUCUGGACGAAGCAGUGCGAGGAGGCCUUCAACAAAUUUAAACGUAUUUUAACAUCUGACCUGCUUUUAACUCACUAUGACCCUAGAGCUGAAAUCAUCGUAGCCGCAGAUGCCUCCUCCGUCGGACUGGGUGCAACAGUAAGUCACACAUUUAAAGACGGGUCAACAAAAGUGGUUCAACACGCGUCCCGUGCAUUAACAAAAGCCGAAGCAGCAUAUAGCCAAAUAGACCGCGAGGGAUUGGCUAUCAUUUUUGCGGUGACGCGUUUUCAUAAAAUGCUGUACGGUAGACAUUUCUGGCUUCAAACCGAUCAUCGACCCCUGCUACGAAUCUUUGGCUCCAAAAAGGGAAUCCCUGUCUACACAGCGAAUCGGCUCCAAGGAUUCGCACUAACAUUGCAGCUGUACGAUUUCCACAUCGAGUACAUACCAACGGACAAAUUCGGCAACGCAGACGUACUAUCCCGGCUUAUUGACAAGCAUGCUAAGCCGGACUCAAAAUAUAUGAUCGAUGAUAUGAGCUUGAGGAAGCUGUAAGUUCUGUAGCCAUAAAAUCACUAAACACUUUUCCGAUUCGUUUUAGAGAAGUUGAAAAGGCUACAUGCAACGAUGUCUUACUUCGUAACGUAUAUCGGUACGUCACGGACGGUUGGCCAAGGAACGUCACAUUCGGCAAGGAUCUGGCACGCUUUUACAGCCGGAACGACGCCUUAACAACCGUUGGGAACUGCAUUUUGUUCGGGGAGAGGGUAGUCAUCCCCGCGGCUUUGCAGACGAGGUGCCUGAAGCAGCUCCACCAGGGACAUCCAGGCAUACAGCGGAUGAAGGCGAUAGCGAGCAGUUUCGUCUACUGGCCAUCAUUGGACGACGACAUCACUGGCUGCGUCGCUACUUGCGAUGCUUGCCAGGCCGCAGCAAAGUCUCCACGUAUGUCUGCACCAGCACCCUGGCCAAAACCAUCAGCUCCCUGGCAGCAAGUGCACAUCGACUACGCCGGACCAAUCGAUGGUGCAUACUUCUUGAUCACAGUUGACGCCUUCACGAAGUGGCCCGAAAUCGUGAAAACUGCAAGUAUAACCUCACAUUCCACAAUCAUUCUUUUGAGAGGAAUAUUUGCCAGAUUCGGACCACCAGUCACACUGGUCAGCGACAACGGGACUCAGUUUACCAGUGAAGUCUUCAAGGAGUUCUGCGACGCUAACGGCAUUGAACACAUCACGACUGCACCGUUCCAUCCCCAAUCGAACGGCCAGGCCGAGCGGUUCGUGGAUACCUUCAAGCGGGCCUUGAAGAAAAUUCGAAUCGAGAAGGCAUCGCUUGAGGAGGCUUUGGAUCUGUUCCUGCAAACAUACCGUUCCACCCCGAAUCCAAUGUUGGACCAACGCACGCCUGCCGAAGUCAUGUUCAACCGGGCGACGCGGACGGUUCAUCAUCUGCUGCGGCCCUCACCAUCACGGGAGUCUUCAGCGAAUAGCGGUUUCCCCAAAUGGCGUCCUGGAGAUUUGGUUUACGCCAAAACAUUUCGCGGCAAUUCAUGGAGUUGGAUUGCAGGGGAGAUCAUCCGCAGCAUCGGCACCGUAAUGUACGAAGUCAUCACAACGGAGCAACGGAGGCUUCGGCGCCACGUGAAUCAGCUCCGUCGUCGUACUACAGUCUCUAGGAAACAAGGAGAGCGGGAUGAAGAUAAUCUGCCGCUACAGAUCCUGUUAGAGGAGUGGGGUUUGCCCACGGAACAAAGCUCCACUCCCUUGUCCGAGCCAUCAGCGCCUGUGCCCACAUCGCAGCCGGAUGUCUCAGCAUCAUCUCCGGCAGCCCCUGUGUUUCGGGAAGCAGCACAUCCAUCCUUGGGUGUCGAGGACGUCAACCACCAGCAGGCACGACUACCACGACGUUCUUCUAGGAGUAGAAGACUGCCUCGUAGGUUCAGCGCGUACCGGCUGAAUUAAAAGGGGGAGGUGUUGGGAAAACUGAGCGCAGCACCGCUACUCAACCCUGUCGGCGCUGCUCGACUAAGUUCGGGAAUGAAGGGCUCGGGAUCGGUCUGUUCAUCUUUUAUCCGCCGACCCGGACGGACGUAGCGCGUGCUCGUCCCGUUUUAUCUUGUACAGUGCGUGUCUUGUAAACGCGUCUAUUUUAUGUAAUAUUUAAUUUGUAAAAUAAAUAAGUAAUAAGUUGCAAACCAUAAAAAUUAUGAAAUGAUGGACCGUUCAGUAUCUUUAAUAAAAAGUUGAAAAAGUA